AUGGAGAUAAAAGCAGAGGGAGGUAACAAGGUGAGUGUUCAUGAAGAAAAAACCACAGGCGAAGAAGAAGGAGGAGGAGGAGAAGGCAUGGCGGCAACCAACAACAACAACAACAUCCCAGUGAUUGAUCUGCAAGAUUCUGCAGAGAAUCCUCAAGAACUGAAGAAGAAGCUGAGAGAGGCAUGUGAAGAGUGGGGAUGUUUCAGAUUGAAGAACCAUGGUAUUGAUUGGAGGCUGAUGGGAGAGAUGAAGAAGGUGGUGAGAUCUUUGCUUGAUCUUCCUCUGGAGAUUAAGGUGCGAAAUAGUGAUGUUAUUGCAGGAAGUGGGUAUAUGCCUCCAAGUGCAGCCAAUCCUCUUUAUGAAGGUUUUGGACUCUAUGACAUUGCUUCUUCUCAAGCUGUCCAGGCUUUCUGUUCUCCAUUACAUUCCUCUCCCCACCAAACGAAAGUGAUAGAGGCAUAUGGGAAAGCAAUUCAGGGCUUGAUGAUGGAUAUAUCAGAGAAGAUGGCAGAGAGUUUGGGAUUGAAAGGAGUUGAAUAUUUUAAAGGAUGGCCGUGUCAAUUUAGGAUUAACAAGUACAGUUUCACACCGGAAAGUAUAGGGUCAACUGGCGUACAGAUGCACACAGACUCAAGCUUCCUCACUAUUCUGCAAGAUGACGAAAAUGUUGGAGGCCUUCAAGUCAUGAGCAAGUCUGGUUCCUUUGUGGAUGUGCUUCCUUGCCCAGGAAGUCUCUUUGCCAUUCUUGGUGAUAUUGCUCAUGUAUGGAGUAAUGGCAGGUUCGGGAUGGUGAAGCAUAGAGUAGAGUGCAAAGAAGCAAGUGUGAGAGUGUCAAUAGCUUCAUUUUUAUUGGGACCAAAGGAGGGAGACAUAGAAGCACCAGAGGAGCUUGUGGACUCUGAUUAUCAUCCUCGUCUCUUUCUUCCGUUCUCUUAUGAACAUUACAGGGAACUUAGGGUAUCUCAGAAAAUGCAUGCCGGAGAAGCCCUCGCCUUCUUACGCGCGGAUUAA